UCUUUUCGCCCCUCGCUGUUCCAUAUCAACGCCACAGCUCUAUCAACGCCACAGCUUUUGAGCCAAGCCGAGUCCUGACAAAACCACCCAUCAACAACAGCAGCAUAAGUCAACCAAAGCCAUGUCUUCCCGACGGACCAGCGGGCCAGCGCCCGCACCACCAACCACCAAAUCCCUUGCCUUCCCACGUUAUCUCCUUCCUUCCUUGCGCAUUCCCUUCUCUCGGCGCCGCAUCUCCGAACCAGCAGUCCAACCCAGCUCAGAUCCCCCAUCCCCGACAAGCAGCACCAGCAGCAGCUCCGCGGUCCCGUCUCUCUCCACCUCCCCAACCUCACCCACUACCCCCAGCACUCACCGCCUCUCCCGCGCCCGCCCAGACACACUCCGAUGCAAGAACUGCGCGACCGACUUGGCCUUCCAGACACAGAUUGUCAGCAAAUGCUUCCACGGCCGGCACGGGCGCGCCUACCUGGUGGCACCAGCACCACGGACGUCCCCCGAACAGACCGGCCAGACCAGCUCCCCAGCACCCACCACCACCACCACCACCAACUCCCCACAACCCCCCACCUCCCCCCUCCCACCCUACGCCGACGACCACCACAACAACGCCAACGACAAAGUCGGCCCCGGCCCCAACCUGAUCAACAUCCGCUUCGGCGCGCCCGAGGGCCGCCGGCUGAUGACGGGGUACCACGUGGUCGCCGACGCGCUGUGCGCGGUGUGCGGGGCGACGGUGGGGUGGAAGUACGUGGCCGCGGAGCAGGCGGCGCAGGCGUACAAGGUGGACUGUUUCAUCCUGGAGACGAGGCGGGUGGUGGGGUGUCGCGGGUGGGAGGAUGCGGAUGUGGAUGGGGAUGGUGGUGAUGGUGAUGGUGCGGUGGAUGGGCAAUCCGCCGGGGUGGGGGCUGGGUUGGCGCUGGAUGGGCGGCUGCUGGGGGCAGGGGGUGAGGCGGUGGGUACGGAGGGUUGGGGUGCGGAUUGGAGGGGCAAGCGGGACGAGGAGCUGGAGGCGGUCGUGUUUGACUCGGAGGAUGAGGAUGAGUGCGAGGAUAUGUUUGCUGGAGUGUGGGAUGCUAGUAUUGUGGCGUGGCGGCGGAGGAGUAAGGCUGGUAGGGUUUGAGGGGUGGGAUAGGUUUGGGCCUUUCUUUUGAUCUUGGAUCCGCAUUGGUUUUCCUACAUUCUUCCCUUUUUUUCAUGGUUUAGGACUGGCGUUUGGGACACGAACCGACAGCAUCAGAUUGGGUCGCGGAACGGAGAGAUGACAUCGAUACCCCCGGGAUGGCAGGUAAACGGGGUCAGUCCAUGGCAAUGGGCCAAGGAUA